GAGAGAGAGAGCGCGAAAGUGCCUCGGCUCCUUUUUACGCAGCUGAGUGUUUUUUGACGGCGCUCGGCUUGACUCGAAGGCGGCGUCGCGAGUGGCGGAAGACGCGGCGAGACCUCAUCCCGAGCCGCCGUCUCGUGCCGCCGCCGCCGCCGCCGCUGCUGCUGCUGCUGCUGUCGCCGCCACAGCGAGCACGGCCGUAGAGAAGCCGCGACGGAGGAGCGUCACGCGCCAAGCAAAUGAGAGAUUCGCGUCUGGAUAAAAAUAAUGAAAUAAGGCGGCGAUCGUAAAUAAAGACGAAUCACAAUAACAAGAAGAAGGAGAAGUAACCUCGCCGAGGCACGAAGGUCACUGCCGCACGUCGCGCUUCUGACAUCGUUCCGCUUGCGUCGUGCGGAAUUCGAAGUUUUUUUUUCGUCGCGUCGCCACCAAGCGCGGCGGUAGAUUUCGCGUCCAUUAUUUGAUCUACUUCUAUUCUGGCCGGGGCCCCGGGUGGAGGAGGUGGGGGGGGUCAUUCGUUUUUGUUUUGCUUUGGAGAGACUCUCGCUGCGCGGCGCCCGCAGAACCGCGGCGACGAUCACCGCGGUCACAGCCACCGCCACGAACACCACCUCGACUACAGCCACGACCGCUACCAUCACGGACCAUCGAUGACGACCGCCUUCCAGAAGCCGAAACCCAACCAGGGUCUCCCGCGCGCCAUGGAGGAACGGGAGCGGGGCCGCUCACCGCUCGACCACCUCCCGCCGCCGGCCAACUCCAACAAGCCCCUGACUCCCUUCAGCAUCGAGGACAUCCUCAGCAAGCCAUCUGUGCGGCGUCGCGGAUUCGCCGUGUGCGCUGCCAGAGCUUCCGCUGCGGCGGCGGCGGCAGCGGCGGCGGCGCUGGGAGCCGAGAAGGGAGCGGGGCCUAUGGUUGGGCACGGCGGUGGUGGUGGAGGAGGCGGUGGUGGUGGUGGAGGAGGCGGUGGUGGUGGAGGAGGAGGAGGCGGUGGUGGUGGAGGCGGCGGAGGACACCACGCCGGUGGUCACGGAGCGACCCUAGUCCGACCGUGCACGGUGCAGGCCACGCAGUCGUCCCCGCUGUGCGCGCUGGAGGAGUUGGCGAGCAAAACGUUUAAGGGUCUCGAAGUGAGCGUCUUGCAGGCUGCUGAAGGUGCGCUGGGCUUGCCACGUCGAGAUGGACUCGCUAUUUUCGGGCCUCGAACUGCGCCCAAGAAGCGCCGCAAGUCGCGCACGGCCUUCACGAACGCGCAGAUCUACGAACUCGAGAAGCGCUUCCUCUACCAGAAGUACCUCUCGCCGGCCGAUCGCGACCAGAUCGCCCAGCAGCUGGGCCUCACCAACGCGCAGGUGAUCACCUGGUUCCAGAACAGGCGCGCCAAGCUCAAGCGGGAUCUGGAGGAGAUGAAGGCCGACGUGGAGUCGACCAAGAAGAUCGACCCGAUCGCCCUGGUGGGGGAGGGCGCCCUGCCGACGUCCCUCGUCGAGGCGAUGUCGCCCGGCGUGCGUGCCCUCGACAGGAACGACUCACGCGGGGAGACGUGCACCUCGCCCUCCCCGCGCUCCGAGCAUAGCCGGGACGACUUCAGCGGCGACGACGACGACGAUGACGACGACGACGACAUCGAGAUCGACGUGGACGAUUAGCGCUCCACCUCUUGUCCGUCCACCCUUGUCGCCCGCCAAGCCCUGCACAUCCACUACCGUGCCCGUGCCCUGACGACCGCAUGCACGCGGCCCAGUCGCGCUGCGCGGACAGUCGGACAGACGACCCACGAAGACAACAAAGACAAAGAUACUCGCAGAGCCUGAACGGGCUGUUGGUUGGGGCGAGUGCUGUUAGCGAGCACCUCUGAGCGACACACACACAGACACACACACAGACACACUCAUCGCGCACGCAUACAGGCGGACGCGGAGAAAAAAAGAGAGACGUUCAGUAUAUUUUUUAUUUUAUUUGUAUUACUAUAAAUAUAUGCUAUAUAAAUAAAACCACACAAACUAUUAUUAUUUCUUUGCUACUGGUAGCCCCCCCCCGCGCCAACCUCCCUCCAGCCCUUUUUGCUACGAUGAAGCCGAGGAGUGUGUGGUGUGGUGGGGUGGGGGUGUUAGAACGACGUCUGAGUCGGGAACGCUGCACGAAGACUCGGGCCAGCGUCGAAGUACAAACAGAGAAAAAGCGCACGAGCGAUGUCAGCGCACCCGGGUGGCGACAAAACGCAGGGAUGAAGGGGCAGGAGGGAGGUGAUUGAGAUGCGCCCCCCCCUACACAAGGCCCACCCGUGAUGUGAUUGCUGAGAGCAGCAGCAGGAGGAGGAGGAAUUCGCGGUUGAUCUGGUGGCACGGAGUGGCUGAGCAAGGGGACAGCAUGUCGCCGUGCUGGGAUAGUUUCGGUCACCACCACCACCCACCACCCACCACUCCUACCAGCAGCAGCUCACAAUGAAUGGGGGGAGAGGCGGUGAAUUCUCUUUGGAUGUUCCUUCACGUGGCAUCGGCAAAGGGGAGAUGAGACGCGUCUACCGUGUGUGUGUGUGUGGGAGAAUGUGUGUGUGUGUGUGAAGGAGUGUGAGUGAGAGUGUGUGAGAGAAGGAGUGUGAGACAGAGAGUGUGUGUGUGUGAGAAAGGGAGUGUGUGAGGGAGAAUGUGUGUGUGAGUAAGGGAGUGUAUGUGUGAGAGGGAGAGUGUGAGAGGGAGGAUAUGCGUGUGUGUAUGUGAAAGGGAGCGAGUUUGUAAGUGUGAGAGAAAGGGAGUAUGUGUGAGAGGGAGUGUGUGUGAGCGAGAGAGUGUGUGAGAGUGUGUGUGAGAAAGGGAGUGUGGGAGAGAAUGUGUCAGACAGUGAGAUAGGGAGUGUGAGAGAGUGUGUGUGUUAGUGUGUGAUAGAGUCUGUGUGUGAGAGAGGGAGUGUGUGUGAGAGUGAGUGUGUGAGAGAGGGAGCGUGAACCUGGCCUGGCACAAGCGCCGUGGUGACGUCACCGCCACUGAGUGGCGACUGUUGUGUGAGUGAGAGGGAGUAUGUGUGUGUGAAACAGGGACAGAGUAUGUGUGAGGGUAGGGGUAUGUGUGUGUGUGAGACAGUGUGUUUGUGUGUGAAUGGGGAGCGGUAGUGUAACGGUUAGCGCGCUGCGCUAUGAACCCGGCGACAUGGGUUCGAUUCCCGCUCACGGCCAACACCAGUGACGAUUAUCUGAACCGGUACUGGGCCUCCCCUAGGUUGACUCAGACUCAAAUGAGUACCCGGUGCGAUGUGUAAACAUCGCCACUGGGGAGACAAAGGCGGUCGGGCGUGGUGCUGGCCACCCAUCCCCUCGUGUACCGUUGCGGCCUUCAUAGGUGCUCGCUAACAGCACUUGCCCCAACAGUCUGUUAAGGCUAUACGGGGGAUCUUUGUGUGUGAGAGGGAGUAUGUGUGUGUGACAGAGGGAUCGAGUAUGUGUGUGUGUGAGUGGAGGGGUGUGUGUGUGUGUGUCUAAGAGAGGGAAUGAUGUUUUUGUGAGUGUGCGUGAGAUAGGCAGUAUGUCUGUGUGAGUGGGGCAGUGUGCGUGUAAGAGAGAAUGUGUGUGUCUGUGUGGUUGUGUUAGGACUAGAGCACGUGUGUGAUCUUGUGUGUGUGUGGCCUUUUGUUUUUCUGUGAAAGUGAAAGAGAGGGUGUACGUUUUGUGUGCGUUCGCGUGCGUAUGCGUGCGUGUGUCCAAUAGCAUUUGCGCAUUCGUCUGCGUGCG